AAGAAGAAGAAGACACGUGCAUUCCUUUUCUAUAAUAUUUUGAACGUGGUUUCAUCGCUCGGCGUAUAAUUUACGUCGAAAAUGGUGCGGCCCAACAAUCAACUGCCGGAAAAUCUUCCGCAACUGCAAAAUCUCAUCAAGAGAGAUCCCGAAUCCUACACCGAUGAGUUUCACACACAGUACGAGCAUUUCCUCAGCUUGCUUGAAAUUUUCGCCCUCAAUCCAAGCGAGGAAAACAAAUCGUUGGACGAAACUGUGAUGUUCAUUGCACAAGUGGCGCAAUGCUAUCCACAGGUGUGUCUACAGUUUCCGAAACACCUCACCGAUCUGCUGAGAAAUAGCGCCACCGUUCUGGAUCCAGCGAUGCGUAAUUGUUUUGUCAAGGCUUUGAUACUGCUGCGCAAUAAGAAUCUUGUGCCUGCUCUGGACAUCUUGGAGCUCUUCUUCCAUUUACUGCGCUGUCAGGACAAGAAUCUGCGUACCUUUUUGCAGACGCACAUUAUCACGGACAUCAAGAACAUGAAUGCCAAGCACAAGGACAUGAAGCUCAACUCGAGUCUGCAAAACUUUAUGUACGGCAUGUUAAGGGAUGCGAAUCCCAAGGCGGCCAAAAUGUCAGUUGACAUAAUGAUUGAUCUGUACAAGAAGAACAUCUGGAACGACACCAAGACCGUCAAUGUGAUUGCCAACGUCGGUUGUUUUUCACCCAUUACCAAGGUUCUUGUCACAUCGUUGAAAUUCUUCCUUGGUCACGACGACGAGGACGAAGCCAACUCGGAGAGCGAGAGCGAGAAUGAAGUAGACUUAAAGGGCGCACUAAUGCAGAAUCGAGUGAACAAGAAGACAAAAAAACGUCAAAAACAACUUCAACAGAUCAAGAAGCAAGCUAUAAAAGCACAGAAGAAAAAGAAGAACGCACCCGCCUUCAAUUUCUCCGGCAUUCAUUUGAUCCAUAAUCCUCAGGGCAUGGCUGAGGCACUCUUCAAGCAGUUGCAAUCGACCAACGACAGAUUCGAAGUGAAAAUUAUGCAUCUGGACGUGAUCUCGCGUCUCAUUGGCAUACACGAGCUCUUCCUCUUUGGCUACUAUCCAUACAUUACCCGUUUCCUGCAGCCACAUCAACGGCUUGUGACGCGCGUCCUUCAGUUUGCUGCCCAGGCAUCGCAUCCUUUGGUGCCCGGCGACAUUAUUGAGCCUAUCUUGAAAACUAUUGCCAAUAAUUUUAUCACUGAACGCAAUUCGAGUGAUGUCAUGGCAAUUGGAUUGAAUGCCACACGAGAGAUUUGCAUGCGUUGUCCCCUGGCCAUGGGCGAGGAUUUGUUGCAGGAUCUGGCUAUGUACAAAGCUUAUAAGGAGAAAUCAGUGAUGAUGGCGGCACGCUCUUUAAUCUCAUUGUAUCGUGAACAAUUGCCAGCAUUGCUGCAUAAAAAGGAUCGCGGGCGACCGACAGAAGCUCAGGCGGAGCGCAAGGUGCUUGCCUAUGGAGAGCGCGAUGUUCAGGACACUGUGCUGGGUGCUGAGGCGCUGCUAAAGAACUCCAAGACUAUUGACAUCGACACCGAUGGUGAUGACAGUGACUCCAAUGAUGGCGAGUGGGUGGAUGUGCAGCAUAGUGAUGGCGAGGGUGCUGCUGAUAGUGAUGAUGAUGAUGAUGAUAAUGAUGACGACGAUGAUGAUGAGGAGGAGGAGGCGGAUGGCACCGAUGAAGAGGAUGACGAAGAUGAUGGAGAAUCGGAUGAGGGUAUUGCAAGUGAGGGUGCCGAGUUGACGGAAGCCGAGAAGAAGGAGAAGGCCAAACUGAAGAUUCUAAAUCAAAAGGAAGCAGCUCAGGAAUUGGCACUGACGCGCAUCUUCACCGACGAGGACUUUAAGCGGAUAAAUGCGGCUAAUCUGAAGAAGACGGUGACAAAUGCACGCAAACGUCCGUUAGAAACGGAGCGCAGUGAUUUCGUCAAGCUGAACAACAUUGAGAUGAUUUACAAGAAGCGCAAACACGAUAAGGAAACGCGUCUUGAGACGGUGCAAGCGGGACGCCAGGAUCGCGAGCGGUUCGGCUGGAAGGAUGGACGUGUCAACGAGAACUGUUCGAAGACCAACAAGGAGAAGCGCAAGACGAAAAACUUUGGCAUGCUGCGGCACAAAGCCCGUUCCAAGGUGAAGAAGAGUUUCCGCGACAAACAGAUGGCGAUGCGCAAACAUUUGUUGCACCAAAAGAAGAUGAAAUAGUUAAUUAUAUUCAAACUGUUGCUGCUGCAAUAAAUUUUAUUUCAUUUGUA